AUGCAACUAUUAAGUAUUCAUGGUCAACUUAGACCUGCAUGUGCAUUCGUUCGUUCUCAUCUACCCACCGAACAAGCCACUAUUGCCGCCUCAACGAAUGUUAUUCAAUCAACCUCAAUAUUAAAUGAUAGAGAACAAUUAUCUAAAUGUCAGAAAAUAGAAAUACAUAAAGAAAAGUAUCGAUCAAGUAUAUUUAAUGAACUAGAUAUAUUUAAGCAAAUACGGCACCGAACAUUUUCACAUUGGCCACAUCGAACAUCACCGUCAAGUGAACAAAUGAUUGAAGCUGGAUUCUUCAAUUGUAAUGUCGGCGAUCGUGUCAUAUGU